AACGCCGGGACGCGCUAGCGGGCGCGGGGCGCGGAGUCUGGGGGGCCCCGGUCAUGGCCUCGCUGCGCACCGCCGACUCCCGGCUGAGGAGCUACUUCAAGGAGAAUUACAUUCCUCAGGUGUGCGAGGCUCUGUUAUGUGGUCUACUUAUUACAUGUCCUGAGGAUCCGCUGAAGUAUUUACAGAAAAUGAUCAUUACUAUCAUGGAAAGUGGUCUUGAAAGUCUUCUUUGGGAUAUGUGCAUCGAUCCAUCAAUGAAGCCAAAAAUUCGGAGGUUGUCUGAAACUUACAUGGAACAACUUUUUGGACUGGAUGAUCAGCUGAUGACUCCAGAACUGAUGAUAAAAGCAUGUACUUUUUAUACUGGACAUUUAGUAAAGACUCACUUUUGCAUUUGGAGAGACAUAGCAAUACCUCUUAUAAAUGAAGAGAACAUUCUAGCUGAAAAAAUGGAAAAAGCAAUAGAAUAUGACAAUUUCAGACUUCAAAAAUAUGUAUUUCGUCUUUGGCACUCUUAUGCAGCAGGUCAAAAAAAACUACUUACAGAAGCACUAUUGCGAAUACGAAAGAUGUGCCACCAUUACAAGCUAAUAAUUACCCUGACUAAAUGGAGAGAUAAAGCAAGAUAUGAGUAUAAAAAGAGAGAAGAUGAGCUGAUGUUAAAACAUGAACUUCAACUGCGAAAAUGGAGAAGCAAGGUAAAAGUAGCUGCUAAAGAAGAACCCAUUCCUCCUGAACACAGUCUGUCUAAAGCCUCUCUUCUAGGCGGGAUUCCUGAAUGUGACAUUUCACUGUUACCUGAAAGAGCAGUCUCACAGAUUUUCUACUACCUCACUUUAAGAGAAUUAGUAAUAUGUGGUCAAGUUUGCCACUCCUGGAUGUUGAUGACACAAGCAAGCUCACUGUGGAACAGUAUUGAUUUUUCCAAAGUAAAAAAUAUAAUCACAGAUAAAUAUAUAGUGUCUACUUUGCAAAGGUGGCGUCUAAAUGUGCUGCGUUUGAAUUUUCGUGGUUGUCUUCUCCGAUCGAAAACCUUGAGAUCUGUCAGCCUCUGUAGAAAUCUGCAAGAGCUGAAUGUCUCUGACUGCCCAACACUCACAGAUGAAUCAAUGAGAUACAUCUCCGAGGGCUGUGCUGGAGUCCUGUACCUCAAUCUGUCCAACACGACUAUCACUAAUAGGACGAUGCGACUCCUGCCAAGGUACUUCCCAAACCUACAGAAUCUUAGUUUGGCUUACUGCAGAAAGUUCACAGACAAAGGUUUACGGUACCUGAAUUUAGGGAAUGGAUGCCACAAGCUCAUCUAUUUGGACCUUUCCGGCUGCACCCAGAUUUCAGUCCAAGGCUUCAGGAACAUUGCAAACAGCUGCACUGGAAUUAUGCAUCUGACCAUCAAUGACAUGCCAACUCUGACGGACAACUGUGUAAAAGCGUUAGCUGAAAAGUGCACUCGUAUUACAUCAAUAGUUUUCAUUGGUGCGCCACAUAUCUCUGAUUGUGCUUUUAAAGCUCUUUCGACUUGUAACCUCAGAAAGAUCCGAUUUGAAGGAAAUAAAAGGAUUACUGAUGCAUGCUUCAAAUAUAUACACAAGAAUUAUCCAAACAUCAAUCACAUUUACAUGGUAGACUGCAAGAGAAUAACAGAUGGUAGCCUUAUGUCGCUUUCACCUUUGAAGCAACUAACUGUGUUGAAUUUGGCAAAUUGUAUAAGAAUUGGUGAUGUGGGACUAAAGCAAUUUCUUGAUGGUCCUGUGAGCACAAGGAUAAGAGAGCUGAAUUUAAGUAACUGUAUCCACCUGAGUGAUGCCUCUAUUGUGAAACUAUCAGAGCGUUGCUCUAAUUUAAACUACUUGAGUUUACGAAAUUGUGAAUAUUUGACUGACUUAGGAAUUGAACAUAUUGUAUACAUCUUUUCCUUGGUAUCGGUAGAUCUCUCUGGAACAAACAUCUCUAAUGAGGGUUUGAUGUCACUUUCCAGGCAUAAAAAAUUAAAGGAACUUUCUCUAUCUGAGUGUUAUAAAAUCACCGAUGUUGGAAUUCAGGUUCCCAGGUUAACACUUCUGGGAAAAGUUUUCUUCUCUGUGCCUCCUCCAGCCCAAUUAUUAAGUCCCAAAAGAGAUGAGACAAAGGCAUUCUGCAAAGGCUCACUGAUCUUGGAACACUUGGAUGUCUCUUAUUGCCCCCAGCUGUCAGAUGAGAUUAUCAAAGCACUGGCCAUUUAUUGCAUUUACCUCACAUCUCUCAGCAUUGCUGGCUGUCCAAAGAUUACUGACUCAGCGAUGGAGAUGUUAUCAGCAAAAUGCCAUUACUUGCACAUUUUGGAUAUUUCUGGUUGUGUCCUGCUUACUGACCAAAUGCUUGAGGACCUUCAGAUGGGCUGCAAACAACUUCGAAUCCUUAAGAUGCAAUACUGCAGACUUAUUUCCAAGGAGGCAGCAAGGAGAAUGUCAUCUAUGGUUCAGCAGCAAGAAUAUAACCCUAAUGACCCUCCACUUUGGUUUGGCUAUGAUUAUGAAGGCAAGCCUCUUACAAAACAAGAGAUAACACCACUUAAAGAAGAUGAAGAAAUCACAGUGACAGAUUCAAUAUACAGUGGUGAAGAGGAAGUAGUAUGACCUUCAGCCUCAAGCAAGAAGAACAAAAAAUCUAGAAGUUGGUAGCUUAAUUUGAUGAAAGUAUUUUUACCAGCUGGAUCUCAACAGUGUAACCAAGCAGCAAAUCAUCUCCUGAUUUUUAUUCCAACUACAAAUAUUUCUAAAUACAUUAUUAGUUCUUCUAA